AUGGUCAGAGCACUUACAGCACUACAAAACUCUUCAGAAGACUUUGUGUUGAUGAAUAUACCACCAAUGUCCAAUGGCAUAACAAGUAUGAAUUCUGUGGUUGCUAUGGCAAUAGGCACAUUGAAAGUAGCAAGAGUAUGUGGAGAGAUAAAAGAAUUAGGAAUCAUUUGUGCACGAGUAGGAUUAUCUGCUAGGAAACAGAUCACUUUUUGUGCACCCUUAGGUGGCCAAGAGGCAUCACACUGUCAACAAGAGCUUCUCCGACUGAUUGAUCGGUUGGGUCCCAGUAAUCAAAGUGGAUUGACCAAAAAGGAAAUUGAUCGCUUGCCGUGUAAGAAGUUGAUGAAGGCAGAUGACUUAUCGAACACUGAUCAAAGGAACUGUGUAAUUUGUUUGACUGAUUUUAAGAAGGGACAGAAUCUUCGAGUAUUACCAUGCUCUCACAGAUUUCAUAAGCCAUGCAUUGACAAGUGGCUAAAGGUUAUUUUGUUGAUCAGGGAAAGAUAA